GGCAGAGACAGCGAGAGAAUGCAAACCGUGAAUCCAAAGGGGAAGGAAUUAGACAAUUCCAUGUCUAUGUUGAUUUUGUAUGAAAUUCACGACAUUCCUGAUAUUUUCUGGAAUUAGCAGAGAAAGAAACAGUUACCUGAUAUAUUUAUAUUUUUUAAAAAUAAAAUUUAAUUAUUAAUUGGAUUUCUAAUUAGAGUUUGAGUAAAAGGUUAUAUUUUGAUUAUUUAUUAUACUCUUCCGAUUGAAAUUUCCCAAAGCCCAGCGUGCUGGAAAAAAUUUGAAUAACCAAGUAGAACUAGUGUUGUUGCAUCCUUUUGCGGCGUCAAGGUAAAUCUAUCCCAAUCCCUCCAUCUAAUUGCUUUUGGGUUUUAUUUUAUGUGAAAUGUGGAAAGAGUCUCUGAAACUGCUUAUACAUGCUAUGCUUCUAUGCUUCGAUUGUUUGUUCCAUACCCCGGUUUUCCUACUACUCAAUUGGUGGUGAAUUUUUUAUGCAGAGAAGCAACACUAUGAAAGAUAGAAUCAGUGAGCUGCCCGAUGAAAUUCUUGUGCACAUCCUGUCUUUUUUAUCGUUGAGGAAUGCUGCACGAUCUGGCAUCCUCUCGAGGAGAUGGAGACACUUGUGGAAAUCCGUUCCUAGCUUAAACUUUGAUUUUGUAAACAAGUUAGGACCUGGACGGGAUUCGAAAGGCUUGAACAAAUACCAAUUUGUUGACUGGGUUAAUGCUGUCUUAGACCUCUAUCAGGGGAAAAGUCUUGAUGAAUUUAGAAUUCAUUGCACCUUAGGUGUAGAUCUAGCCUCUUCCAUUGAUAGUUGGAUUCACUUUGCCAUAGAUAAAAAGGUUAAACGGAUGGAUCUUGACUUCCUUACUCGUUUGGACUUCUUUCCUGUUUCACUAAAAUAUACAUUCCCAUCUUGUAACCCAGUGGAAACUGUAACGUCUGUUGAAUAUGUGUCGUUAUCUUCAUGCAUUCUCACUCUUCCGGGCAUUGGGAAAUUCAGGUCUCUUAAGCAUCUUUUCUUGGACAGGGUUGAGUUGGUUGAUGAGGUUCUCCAACACUUGUUGUCUAAUUGUUCAUCUCUUGAGUACCUAAACCUGCAAAGAGCAGCUAAACUAGUCAGUGUAAAAGUUGAUGCUUCAUCCUCAAAGUUGAAGUGCUUGAUGAUCUACUAUUGUCUUAGCUUGAAAUGUGUUGAUAUUUAUGCUUCAAAUCUCAUUACAUUUACAUAUGUUGGGCAUAAAGUUGACUUAAAAAGUGCUCCAAGCCUUACUGAGGUCUCCUUUUGUGUCGGCAAUCAUUCAUGUGAUGAUCGCUUGACUUAUGCUGGUGUCCAAUUUGCUGGCAGCUUGCAUCAGCUGGAAAAACUAGUCUUGCAGGUCAGCCCUCAUGAGGUUAGCAGGGGAAUUGGCGUAUUACCUACAUUAUGCAAUCUUAAAGUUUUGGUAUUGUGGGUUUCUAGUAAAGAAGACAGCGUGACAGCCUUCAUUCAGCUUCUAGAUUUAUCUCCUCUACUCCGUAGAUUGGAGCUGCAUUUAAUGUAUCUGAGGAGCCAGCCUGGUCCAAGUAGAACAGAGAUUACAUCAGAGUCUGUGCACCAACAACUCGAGGAGGUUGAAGUAGGAGGAUUCUUUGGUUUUGAAGAUGAAAUUCAACUGCUCGAGCACGUAGUUAAAAAUGCUGUUGCUUUGAAGAAGAUUGUCAUUGAUCCUUGCAGGAAAGAUUUGAGUGCUUCUGGUAAAUCUGUUGAAGCAGGCAACUCAUUUCCUUUUAACAGUAGAUUGCAAACUGCAAGGAAGCAUGCCCAGCAUUUUUGUGAGAGAAUCCCUCCUAGCAUCAAUGUAGUAAUCUUAUAACUUUUGUUCAAAAAUAAAAAUCCUAUAAUUAUAUAUGUUAUUUAACUCUGUUCUUGUGACAUCUCACCCUGAUUUUGGGAUGUAGCUGGUAUUUAGGAGAAAGUUGAGGCUAUUUUUGGAAUCUGGUCUCUCUCUCUCUCUCUCUCUCUCUCCAUUCUGUUAUUUCGAAGGGUAUUUUGUUUUGGGAUGCCAAUGAUGUAAAGAUGGCACAACUAAAUGCUAAGGCAAUGCAUACGUUCUUUUG